GUGAAGCCAAUGCUGCAGGAAGCCAGUUUGGCCGCACACACAUUACCUGCAUCUAUGGAGACAUCUCAAGUACAACAGAUAUUCACUCAUGAUGUGAUGGGAGAAGAUUCGCUUGCAGUUCCAAAUACACAAGACUCACUAAGAAUGCAUGCUACUCCAUUUAACGAGAGAAACCGACUUUACAGCAACAAAUCCACGGAUGAGAAUAUUCAUAAUCCAUACACAUUACCAUGGAAACGGUUUUCACUAACAAAAGACAUAUAUAUGUCGAACAGUCGUCCAACAUCUGCAAGUAUCUCCUCAAUAGGUGUGGAAAGCAAAGGAUAUAUUCAAUCUCACCUCACACGUAUUAUGAUACCGGAAAAACAAAACGUAGAUUCUACAACCGAAUCAGCAGCCACUGAGCCUGAGGUG